AUGAUGAACGAGGCGGCGGCCGGUGAUCUCCUCGCGGAGCUUGGAGAAUCCCUGAAAUCGACCGCCUUGAAGGACCAAAAUGACGGUUGGGAUAUAUGUGCGUGGUUUCUUUUUGUUGUUUUUUGUGAAGCUUGAGGUUUUCAUGCAUGAAAUGUGGUUUCGAAUGUUGGAUCUUUCUUAAUAUGAAGAAUUAAUCGAAGAAAACGAAAUUAUUCAGACGAUACAAUGUCAGAGACGGAAUGGCGAAGUGCGAGGCUAUCUUCGAGUCAUAGCGAUGAUUUGGGGUUGGUUUUGAAGAAUUAUACUAUAAAUUGUAUGAGUCAUUUUUUUGAAAAAGUUCAAAAAGUUGCAACUUUGAGCGAUCAACUUUAUAAAAAAACUUCGAUUAAAAAAACUCGAAAAUCAUAGAAAUCGUUCCGUUGUUCCUUCUUCAGCAAUUAGGUUUCAAAAAAAUGUUGAGUUUUUUUCCUCAGUUCGAGAAACAAAAUUGUUCUGCGAUCAUCAAAAAAGUUGACUUUCUCAGUCGAAACUUUUUUUCAGAAGCUUCAACGACGCCCUCAGAGUCCAACAACUCGAAGAGGAACAAGAACGGCUGAAUAAUUCGCUUUUCUCCCUCAGCUCUCAUUUUGCCCAAGUGCAGUUUCGGCUCAAGCAGAUUAACGAGGCAGAGCCGAAACAUCGCGAGGUUUUUUUUUGUUGGAUUUCUUGAUUGUCUGAAACUUGGGCUUUUUCAGGACCUUCUGAAAGAUUUACAAUCUUUUGCGUUCAAAGGAUGUGCGGAUAUGGACGAAUUAAAAAGAUUGAGGAGUGAAAGUGAUAGCGGUGACGUGUUGGAAAUUCAAAAAGAAAGGUAUAUUUUGACUCAGAUUACUGUUUCAAGUUUUUAUUCAGAGUUUUUCUCCUCUUUUCACGCAUUUUGUUUCAUUUUUCUUAAGCAAUAGUUACAAAAAAAUCAUUUUUGGCAACCACUUUGAAGCACUUAAUUUUUAGAUAAAACAAAAAAAUUUGCGCCGUUUUUUUCAAUUUUCGUCAACUUGCAAAAAAAUUUAUGUAGGAAAUGAAAAAAAGACAAACUUUCAGACAAAAUGAGCUCCUCAAAAGGUUACGGGAACAAGUGGAAGAUCUUGAAAAAAUAGCCUACGAGAAAGGAGAAGGAGACGUUCCCAGCACUUUAAUCCUCCAAAAACAGGUUUUUUUUCUCACCUCAGUUUCUGAAUUUCAUACUAUCUACAGAAAGCAGUACUAGACAAACUGAACGAGAAAAUAAAUCUGAGCCUGGAACUGGAAAAGAUGUCCCAGAGCGACAUCCAGAAACAUGUGGAUGAUGCCUUGAAGCAGGUAUUAUCUCUCUCAUUUACACGAUUGACCUUUAUUCGAAUCCAGCUUGUGAAUCCCUUCAAAGAGCAAGAGCAGCUUGUCGAGCAGCUCCAGACGCAGAUUAUCGACCUGGAGCGUUUUGUUAGCUUUCUGCAGAAGGAGAACACGGACAGCUCCGGUUCGACUUCACCAGCCAAGGUUCUUUUUUGGUCAUUCUCUUCAAGAAUUCAACUUCCAGGCCAUGGGUUCGACGAACAUGACCUCUGGGAAACCGCGUGUAAAGUCGUUUUUUGGGCUCGUUGGAUAUUCAGCCAACCGGUUUCAGAAGAAUCAGUUGAAGCAGACUUUGAAAGGAAAUCAUUAUGGGUAAGUUUGAAAUUUUGGAAAAAUGGUUAAAAUUCACAGUUUUUAAAGACAAUUGUAUAUGUAAAUAAAGGUGAUUGUGCCAAAAAAGGUCCCAAAAAGAAAGGGUUAGGAAAAAUAGUGAUCCGCUGGCAGAAGUGAAGAUUUGCAACAGGGAUGUGCGAAAAAUAAUUUUUUCGAAGUACCACAAAAAUUUUUUUGACAUAACUAUGAGAGGUCAUAGAAUUUGAUGAUUUGAUGAUUUUUCAUGUUUUCUGCCUUUUUUUUGCCAUUUUUAAAGUAUACGAGGCAUUUUCUCGGUGAUUAUAAUAUUAUGUCAUAUCGUUCAAAGAUAUGUAGUCCGUUUGGAACCGAGAGAAGCUGCUCAAUUUUCAUUUGGUCUUCCUUUUUUCUCAUUUUGAUGAAAGCAUUGCCGAUUUUGCAGAGAUGAGCGAGCGCAUUUGCAAUUAGCCGUGGACGCGACGCUGCAAGUCCUCGAGAAAUACACGCUCCUCACUGUCGACCCGAAUUUGCGGCAAGAUGAGGAGGAGAUCGACGUCCUCAAUGAUGUAGAGUAGCUGAGAAGCUUAUGAAUCAUGAAUUGAAGCCUUCAGGAAGUGUUCGACCGAUCCGAAGAGGAAGUCGUCAGUGUGGUCCGGAAACAGCUAUGUCCAGCUCUGAAAGCCCUUUUAGAGCAUGGAAUGCUGUCUGAAACUGUGGUCGCUAGGAAUAUACCGGGUUUCGGGUGUUUUGUGGCCAAAACUGAGAACGAUUGUGAGUUUUCAUCAUUCAAAACGAUGAAUAAAUGCUCUUAAAAUCGAUUUUUCCCCCGACCUUUGUGACUUUGGCUAGAUCCAGAGAGGAUAAAAAGAAGAGAGAUUAGAGAAUUAGAGACUUUAAAUAGACCCAGAAUUGUUCUCCCCAUGUAAGGAGGUCUUGGAGAUUUUUUUUUCCAGAAAAUUAAAAUUAUCACUUUCAUGAUUUACAAUGUUUCAAAGGACUAAGUGGGAGAGCUUCAAGAACUUUUCCUUCACAAAUUUUCACGAUAUGUAGAAUUUUCCUUUUUAAUUCUGGAAAAUCCGCUAUUUUGCUCAUUAUUGCUCAUGUUAGCGAGUUUCCGGUUUCGAGAAAAACCUAUGAAAAAAAUGAAAGUAAGCAUUCAAUAGAUUCAAGUUUCAUUCAAAUUAAAAGUUUUUGACCUUUAUAGUUUAUUGAUAAAUGACCUGGAUUCUCAGAAAAAGCAUUUUUUGCACAGGAAGGAUGAAGUUACAUGUUAAAAUUUCUAUCAACAAUUGCAAAUCCAGGCAUUUUCGCCCAAAGCUUAUCUCGGAUAAAAUAAUAAUAAAAGCACUUUUCAGCCGCGACAAAGCCAACAAAAUUGAAUCAUAUCUGGGAUGUAAUCAUGUUUUUCUACGAAUCAAAAAGCGGCCGAGACGUCAGUGAUGCUCCAGUGAGAAAACUAAGCCAAUCAUUCAAGUUAGAGAAUGUUGGAGGGAAAAGUAUCACUUCUAAACAGGUUUGAACUAUUUUAUCAAGACUCUUUUGAAAUUUAAUGGAAUUCAGAUUCUUCUGACGACGAUUGAUAACAUUGUCUCAACACAUGCGAGAUUAAGAAGAUCGAAAGAUUCUCAAUGGAAAGCUUUCAUUUCUGCGGCGAUGAAUGAAAAAGAAACUUCCAGCUUGGCUGAGGUGCAUUUUUUUCUAUUUUUCUGGAUUGUAUUAAUCAAUUUUCAUAUUCCAGAAUAAUUUUCCGAACGAGACAAACUGUAGAAAAACUGCUACACCAGUUGGAGCUACGUUGCCAGAACCGGUAAUUUUUGGAAAAAUUGGUCUCUAUUAAAAGCUAUUCUAUGAAAAAAAUGACCUCAUGAGAAAUUAUUUAUUGUUUUUUUCGUUUAUUUCUCAAUCCGGCUUGAAAGUUCAGUUGGACUUAAAAAAAACACCUUUUUCGAAUUAGUAAUAAGAUGCAAAAAAAGUUUUAAAAAUUUUUCGCUUUUUUUCUUGAGGCAUCUAGCUAGAAAUUUUUCAACUAAUUCUAAAAGUAGUUGAAAAAAAUUUUCAUCAAAAAAAUUGAAAAAUUUAAUCAUGAGAAUGAUUGAAAGAGAGUCACAGUUGGACAUUCUAUGUCUUAAUUUAUUCUUUUUCACAAAUUUCUCAGCUAAUCAUGAGAAGUGCAUAAUUUAAUAUGCACAGAACAUGAGAAAAUCGGACAAAAGAGCUUUUUCCAGGCUGCGAGGAACUUUAUUCCUUACUCGAAGGUCUCCACAAGUACAACGUCCAACUUCCAGUAG